AUCAUCAUUUUUAUAUUUAGGGCAAAAGAAGGCGUCAGUAUUUGUAGUUGAUACAGUUCAGAGUAACCAGCUACCGGGCAUGACCGGGAUGUAUAAUUCAGAGCGUGCCGCGUACAUUUCAAAACCCGAUAGAGCUGCAUGUACAGUACCGGAUUCUGAUCACGUGUUUGAAGUGUACACAGAAACUGAUAUUAGAAAGGUGUACAAAGCUAUUGGAAAAAUACUCUCAACCUAUAUGCAGGAGAAGCGUGGUCCUACUGUUGUUGGACUACAGAGUGGGAUUGAUCUGACCAGCCUGGUCGCCUCUAUUCCACAGCUAGGAGAUAUUCCGGUCAUUCCUAUACAUGUACAAGAUACUGAUAAUCUGUACAGUGUACUGGACUGGCAGAAACUAGGAGCCAGAACAAUGAUCAGACACUAUUUGAAAUCAGAUCUGUACAUAGCUAGUACAAUAGAGCACUGCAGAUACCUUCAUAUACCAGCAGGAAAUCUACCUAAGGAUACAACAGUUUAUGGAGCGGAUAUAUUCUACGCAAGAUAUCUCCGAAAGCAAAACUUUGUCCUGUGGGCGAGUAACUCAGAUACUCCAGACUUCGGGGGAAAGGAGGCCGAUGAUGGUCGGCUGCAGACUGAUCAGGAGGAAGGGUUUGGGAUCGUGAUCAACAACGACGGGUUCUACAAGAACGUGUGCGUUGAGUUGGACAUUGAUGCCUUGGCGGUUAAUACCCUUCUCCAGUCUCAGAUAACUAGUCGUGGAUUGGCCAGCUAUGAUGAAACAGCUUUAGUAGCUCCAGCAUUCAGGGUUCUAAGAACUAUGGUCGGAACCUGGCUCAGGGAUGUUGUCCAGUAUAAGAAUGUGUUUGCUGAUUACCAAAUUAUACAUUUCUAUCGCUGGCUCCGCAGUCCUAAAAGUCUUCUCUACGACCCCGCUCUCAGGAAAUCUCUGUUGCAGUUGAUGAAGAAGCUUCUUCUCCAUCUUAUUGCAGAGUUUAAGCGUCUUGGAGCAGUUAUUAUAUUCGCGGAUUUUAACCGAAUCAUUAUCUCAACCAAGAAGCGUCAGUACUCCGACGCGUCGACCUACGUGGACUACAUUAGUCAGCAUAUCAGGAAUAAGGAGAUGUUUCACUGUAUAAACAUUAGGUUGGCUAGUUCCUGGGAUAUACUCCUCUGGUUGGACCCAGCUAACUAUGGAGGAGUUAAGUCUAGAAUAUUGCCUGAGAGGACGGAGGAGGACGAAGAGGUUACUCUAGCCGAUGAGGAUGAAGAUGAUGCUCCUGAGAUUGCCAUGACCUGGAACUUGGCUAACUUCCUUCCUGAGGAGGGGAAUAUCCGGGGAAAUUUCAACAGGGUUGUUGUUGGUUAUAUCUCAGCAGUGAAUAACUACUUAGAACGAGAGAAGGAGAAAAUUGCCCCAGGAGAGACUCCAAUCCGUAAACGCAAGUUGACCCUAACUCCCGGAGGGUUCGGCACCCCAUCCACCAACCCAAAUAGAAAGGAACCAAUGUCUGUUGAGGAGUUCGCUGAUGAUUUAGUGUCUGGAGAGCUCAGUCAGAGACUGUUUGGAGUUGUUGAAAAGAUAAAUAAAAAAUUUCCGGAACAUCGAGGAGAUGCAGAGGACUCCAUAUUCCCUUCUCUACCUGGCUCCCAUCUCAAGCUGACCCACCCAGCCCUAGAGUUCGUCAAGGCAAUCUGUAAGGUUCUGUACCUGGAUACUGGUGUAGAGAAGACUGUAACAAAGAUGAGACGGAACCUGCUGAAACUGCUGAAUGUGGGAGAGUUUAAUCCAGCAGCAGAAUGGAAGGAUCCGUGCAUCUCAUUCAUCCUACCAGAGGUUAUCUGUAAGUCCUGUAAUUUCUGUCGAGACCUAGACCUGUGUAAGGAUGGAGACCAAGGGGAGGUUGCUGGAACUCCAGUCUGGAUCUGCUCAAACGGAGCCUGUCAAACCCCAUACAAUUCCCAGGAGAUUGAAGCCAUGUUGGUUGAUUGUGUGAAGAGGAAAACUAUGGGUUAUAUUCUACAGGAUUUAACCUGUGAUAAAUGUAAGGAAGUUACUCAGUACAACAUGGCCAAGCGGUGCAGAAACAAGUUCUGUGCCGGGAACUUUGAGACAACAAUUAGCAGUGCUGGGAUUGGUCAGAUUCUGAAAACAUUUCAGGGUGUGUCUGAACACUACAAGAUGCCACUUCUACAGGAACUUGUUAACUGGACUUUCAGGAUGAAUGGAGACCUGGCCGCCAAGUUCAAUGUUCAACUGGACUAAUCAAUGCUCAACUGGACUAAUCAAUGUUCAACUGGACUAAUCAAUGUUCAACGGGAUUAAUCAAUGUUCAACUGGACUAAUAAAUGUUCAACUGGACUAAUCAAUAAUCAACUGGACUCAUCAAUGUUCAACUGGACUAAUCAAUGUUCAACUAGACUAAUCAAUGUUUAACUGGUCUAAUCAAUGCCCUCAAUUGGACUAAUCAAUGUUCAACUGGACUUAUCAAUGUUUAACUGGACUAAUCAAUGUUCUACUGGAAUAAUCAAUGUUCAGCUGAACUAAUUACUGUUCAACUGGACUAAUCAGUGUUUAUCUCAACUAAGCAAUAUUCAGCUAAAUCAACCGUGAAAAAUCAAUUUCUGCCAACUUAUAAAAGAUUUUUACGCAAUACUUUGUCCACUCACGUUAUCUGAAAAAAAUGAUGCUAUGAUUAAUAAUAUUAAAUAUUGAUAUCUAAAGCCUACAUAAAAUCAACUAUUAAUG